AUGACGAUGGAGCCCGCCGUCGAGCACGAUGUCGUCGCGGUGGAUGAGUUCGAUGCCUUAGAUUACCCGGCGAUCCCGGACAGGUAUCCCGCCAAGCUCCAUGCCCGCAAGGUCGCAGCAGAGCUCAAGGCCAAGGGCGAAAGCCUCAUCUUCCUUGAAGGCGAGCCCAGCCGGACCUUUGAGGACUCAGACAUGGGCCCGACCUUUAGACAACGGCGAUACUUCUACUACCUGAGCGGCGCAAACUUCGCAGACUGCGCCGUAACCUACGAGGUCGCCCGGGACCGCCUCAUCCUCUGGAUCCCCUACGUCGAACCCCGCCAGGUCCUCUGGUUCGGCCACACCCCGGGCAUCGCCGAAUGUCUCCGGAAGUUCGACGUCGACGACGUCCGCUACACCAACCAGCUCGACAGAUUCGUCUAUGACCACCUUCCGGAGAAAUCGACCCUCUAUGUCAUCCACAGGAAUCAGACGCCCGAUUCGGCCAAACUGAGGCACGAGCUGGGCGACACCUACGUCGACUGGACCUCCCUCCAGCCGGCCAUCGACCAGGCCCGCGUGAUCAAGACCGACUACGAGGUCGACAUGAUCCGCAAGGCCAACGCCGUCUCCGCCGCCGCCCACCGCCGCGUCGCCGAGCGCCUCCUCUCCCUCGAAAACGAGGCCCAGAUCGACGCCAUCUUCCAGGCCUACUGCACCGCCGCCGGCGCGAAGGACCAGGCAUACGCCAUCAUCGCCGGCAGCGGGCCCAACGCGGGAACGCUCCACUACGACGCCAACAACGAGGACCUCUACGAGCGCGACGUCGUCGUCCUCGACGCCGGCUGCGAGUGGCACUGCUACGCCAGCGACAUCACCCGCACCCUGCCCAUCCCGGGCCGCUUCUCCGACGAGGCCGGUGCGAUUCACGCCGUCGUCCAGAGGAUGCAGGACGAGUGCAUCGAGAUGAUCCGCCCCGGAACCCUCUUCUUCGACCUGCACAUCCACGCCAGCCGCGUCGCGCAGGAGGGCCUCAUGAGGCUGGGCGUGCUCAGCGGCGACCCCGAGGCCAUCUGGGAGGCCGGCACCGUCGCGGCCUUCUUCCCGCACGGGCUGGGACACCACGUCGGGCUGGAGGUGCACGACGUCACGGGCCGCGAGAGGCUGCUGCUCUUCAACGAGGUCAGGGGCGGGAGGAACGUGGCCAAGAGGGAGAUGGUCACGGCCGAGAUGAUGUCCGUCAUGGCCGUCCUGACGCCCACCGCGCGGGCCGCGGCCUCGGUGCCGCCGCCGUACAAGGGCCGGCAGCACCUGCAGAAGAACAUGAUCGUGACCGUCGAGCCGGGCGUGUACUUCUGCAAGGAGUAUAUCGAGGGGUAUUUCCUCAACAACCCGAGGCACGCCAAGUUCAUCAGCAAGUCCGCGUUGGAGAAGUAUUACCGCGUCGGCGGCGUGCGUAUCGAGGAUGACAUCCUCGUCACGGACGACGGGUAUGAGAACCUUUCGUCCGGGGCGCCCAAGGGGGAGGAGUUGUUGAAGGUUAUCAAUGGCGAGGCCUGA